CGGCUUGGAAGAAGAAAAUGAAAUACGAACAACCGCGCUGGAUGUAAUAGAUCGACUUGAAUGCGUCUUCUUGCUCCAGCAUUCAAGUUCCAUUUCAAGGGAGGACGACGUACCAUGAUACUUUCUGUUUUGUCGAGCCCUGCUUUGGUCUCUGGUUUGAUGGUUGUACGUGCUAAAAAUCCGGUACAUUCCAUUUUGUUUCCCAUCCUAGUCUUUUGCGACACUUCUGGUUUACUUAUUUUGUUAGGUCUCGACUUCUCCGCUAUGAUCUCCGCAGUAGUUCAUAUAGGAGCUAUUGCCGUUUCAUUCCUAUUCAUGGUUAUGAUGUUCAAUAUUCAAAUAGCGGAGAUUCACGAAGAAGUAUUGCGCUAUUUACCAGUGAGUGGUAUUGUUGGACUGAUCUUUUGGUGGGAAAUGUUCUUCAUUUUAGAUAAUGAAACCAUUCCAUUACUACCAACCCACAGAAAUAUGACCUCUCUGAGAUAUAGAGUUUAUGCCGGAAAGGUACGAAGUUGGACUAAUUUGGAAACAUUGGGCAAUUUGCUUUAUACCUACUAUUCCGUCUGGUUUUUGGUUUCUAGUCUGAUUUUAUUAGUAGCUAUUAUUGGGGCUAUAGUACUUACUACGCAUAGGACUACAAAGGUGAAAAGACAGGAUGUAUUCCGACGAAAUGCCUUGGAUUCUAGGAGGAAUAUAAUGAACAAGACUAUUUCUCCUUUUUGCCAUAGCCAUAUAAGAAGCUUCUCCUCCAAAGCGGAGGGAGGGGAAUCUCAGGAUUCCUAUGACCCUGCUUAUAUCGAAUUUUUAAGAGCUCGUUUAGGGUUUUUCCCGGGUUUGGUACCAAAUCUGGAUAAACUCCUUUCGGUUCUUAAACCUGAGCAAAUUCUAUUUCUGACUUUGCGCAGCAUGUUUAAAUUGCCAAUAAAGAAUAUCAAAGAUAUGAUUAAAGAAGCAAUGGCUAAAGACGAAGAAAACAGAAACAAGCCUCCGGUGGAAGGUUGUGAAGAUCGUCGUAUGACCGCGGAAGAAAGUCAAAAAUUGCUAGAAGCAUUUUCUUUCCUAUGGGAUAAAAAAAGAUUUGGAACUAUUGAGUGGUGUAGGUAUCCAUCUUAG